GUACUCUGUUAAUAUCAAAGAGGGGGAGGGAGACCCAAAUUAAUUAGCCAUGGUGAUUUCAACCAGCUGUUGUCUCAACGUCUCCCCUCCAACCCUACCCUCUUCUUCCACCUCUAAGCCAACCCAACAAGUUUCUUGGUCAAGGAACAACGAAAAAUGGAGAAGGCAAUGUCUAUUUGGCAUGGCUGCAGCUUGCGUGGUAAUUGGACUCCAACUAGGAAAUAAUUCAGAGGACAUCAGCACUACUGCUGUUGCUCAAGAGAUGCAAGGUGUGGAACUUGAAUCAAAGAAGAAAGGUAUUACCAGAUGGAGUGACAAAAGAAUGUGCCCGCCAUGGCGUUUCAACUCACUGGAGACCAUCGUGCCGGAGAACCUCCCAAGGCCAUCGGUUCGCCGGAGGUGGGAAGCAGUUCGUAACUCUGACAAUAUCCCACCGGUAGCUAAGGUGGUAAUCAAGACCAGAAACCGACCAAACUGCUUCUCUAUGUAGUACUAAAAUCCCAUGAAGGUAUGUAUUGUCUAAUAAAACCUCACAAUCUUUUCAAUGUAAUGCAAAAAAAAAAUUUAUGAUUAAUCAUUUUCAUACAGUUCAGAGACGUAAAUUACUAUGGAUUUACUUAUUGAAAUUUGAUGCAUGAUCUAUGCAAAAUAAUUAGAUUUAAGUUAGAUAUUUUAAGGAAAAUCAGAAUCAAACACAAAAGGCAUUUAGAUUUUUAUUUCUCGUGGAUUUGUAGUACAAAUUGUUUUUUCUUUGAAUUAGGUUAGUACAUGCAGUACAAGGAGGUGGUUUUGGUUUGGUCAGGGCCUCAGGCCCAUGUCCGUAAAUAAAAAAAGGGAAACAUUUACGGUUGUGGACAUUCUCUCGUAUUGUUUGGAAAUAAGUGGGCCUUCGAAAC